AUGUCUGAUCCCUACAACCAGUACAACCAAGGCUACGGCCAGGGCUACCCUCCCCAGCAGGGUUAUGGUCAGCAGGGCUAUGGUCAGCAGCAGCCCCAGUACGGCCAACCCGGCUACGACCAGCAGCAGCAGUAUGGUGGCUAUUCCCAGCAGCCCCAACAGCAGCAGUACGGUGGCUACAACCAGGGCUACGAGCAACAGCCCCAGCACGGCCAGCCCCAGCAGCAGUACGGCGAGCAGCAGCAACAGUAUGGUCAGCAGGACUCCUACCGUCAGGGUGGCUAUGAACAGCAGCAGCAGCAGGGCGCACCGGGCGAAGCGCAAGAAGGCGAGCGCGGUCUGGCUGGAGCCCUGGUCGGCGGUGCCGGCGGCGCCUGGGCCGGACACAAGGCCAACCACGGCUUCCUCGGAACGAUCGGUGGCGCCAUCAUGGGCAGCAUUGCCGAAGAUGCCAUCAAGAAGCACAAGAGCCGCGAGGAGAUGAGCUCCGGCCCUCCCCAGGGGGGCCAAUACGGUGGUCCUCCCCCCGGCUAUGGUCCCCCGUCCUCGCAUGGCGGCUCCAUGAUGGAUAACCUGGGCGGCUUCUUCAACAAGAAAUAG